GGAUUCUGUGAAACUGAUGUGAACAUGAAAAAUCCUUUCAUCUGAUUCCAGAUUGACCAGUUCUCAAGAAAAUGGUGUACAUAAAAUCAACCGUACUAAAUUAACGUGUACCUUCCGAUUUUUUCUGCAAAUAAAAGGUCAUAGCCUUUUAUUUGUAUGCAAUAAAAAGUUGGAUUCGUUUGUUGCAAUCAAUUAUAUCACACAGCGCAAAAUUGUAAUUUUCCGGCACGUCCGUGCAAUGCUAGUGAUUCUUCUUUGCCUGUCGUUUUCCAAUGUAGUACAUUCUUCUUACCACAUCAGAGAUAACUCACUCGUUCCUCCAUAUUCAAGCCCUCACUGGGUACCUUAUGGAUCAACGAUUAUUGAACCUCAGUUCGUACGCCUAACUUCCGAUGUAAAAAGUAAUCAAGGAGGUAUUUUCAAUAUAAAACCUUUAUUUGCUCGUGAUUGGGAGGUGGUUAUUUUGUUCCAUGUUCAUAGUCCCAAAACUCUGGUCGGUGAUGGAUUUGCUUUCUGGUAUACUCAACAUCCUCCUUCAAGUGGGCCAGCAUUCGGCAGUCGAGAUAAGUUCCGUGGGUUGGCCGUUUUCUUUGAUACUUACGCUAAUCAAAAUGGUGAGCAUAGUCAUGAGCAUCCUUAUGUCAGUGCAAUGAUUAACGAUGGAUCUAAACACUAUGACCAUGAUAAGGAUGGAACUUUAACUGAAUUAGCUGGUUGUUCAUCUAAUUUUCGUAAUAAUGACUACUCAAUGGCCACAAUUCGUUACGCUAAUAACCAGUUGAAGGUUUCUUUGAAAUAUCAAGGUGCUACAGAUCCUGUAGACUGUUUCACAGUUGACGGAGUACGUUUACCUACUGGCUAUUUUAUUGGAAUCUCAGCCGCUACUGGUGACCUUUCAGAUAAUCACGACAUAUACUCUAUUCAUACUUAUGAACUGGAUGUUGGUCGAAAAGACGAUCCGUUCGCUGACUUUUCUAAAAUUGAACCAUCAGCUGAUCAGGAGGCUGCACCAAGAGGUGUGUCAAUAUCAAUUUCUGAAUAUCAUUUUCGUUGCCAACGCUUUUUUAUAUUAUUAUUGUAGGGCUAUAAACACAGAAACCGAAUUUUCAUCAGUUAUUAACUUUCGUUAUUAUUUUCCUUCUGUAUUCGGAACUCGGAAUAGGUAUUUGAUCUCAGCUCCAAUAAAAUACUCUAAUCUUAUAAGAAUUUACUUCAGACGAUUACAAUAGCAAGUAAUGGGUUGAUAUUUUGAUCUAAAUCUUUACUAUCCAGUAAUACUUUUCACCUUAAGAACAUCGAAACGCAAAACAACUUGAGAAUUAAACUCGAGUAUCAAAUGGCCUACUUCUAAAAGUGGAUUUAAAUAUAUUCUUUAACCUACAUAGUUUGGGAAAAAAUGAAAACUUGAAAAUUUAUUGGUUUGCUUAGUUGGUUUUCAAGAAGCUACUAUCUGUUUUCUCUUGUCUCUGUCUGUUAUGAUAUCUCAUCUCACAACAACAUAAAUUUAAAAGUUAAUACUUCUAGACUUUUCGGAAUUCUGACAGUGUAGUAAAUAGCAUGCAGAAAAUCUUUUGUAGUGAUUAUUUAUCCCCAGCAAUCGAUGUAAUGUGCAAAUUGCAGAGAUUUCCAAUCACAACCUGAAAUUGCUCAGAUUUAUGUAGAAUGAUUUUUAAAAUGCAUACACGGUGGGAUACUUUAUUGUAAUUUAUAUUGAUCAUGUACUAUGUAAAGAAUACUAAGCAAAUGUUGUCCUUGAGAUUGACCAGACACAGCUUUAUGCUGCAUCGUUUAGUUUCUCUGACUACAUUAUUAAUAUUAAGUUUCGUCACCAGUACAUACGAAACAUUUUUAUGUUAGUUCAAACCAAUGAAGUCAAGGGUAUCUGAUUGACUCCAAAUUAAUGCACAACUUUGAAAUAUCUAACACAAUUCUAUGGUUUUAAUUUUCCUGUUUAGUGAAGUUUUCGCCAAACAUUUUUUCUUACACCACUAGUGUCUUCGAAGCAUUGCUCGUAUAUCUCGGGACCACCGAGUAAGGCAGUUGUUAGGAAACAGAUAAUAGGUAAGGAUGGCAAAUCGGUUGAUGAAGUAGUGAAACUUCAUCAGUUGAGAUGGCCGGGACAUGUGUUACAUAUGCCCAACCACCAACUGCCCCGACGAACGUAGGAGUAGGUUGGAAGAAAGCUAGGGACGGCCAGACCAAAACGUGGCACAAAUCCAUGAAGUCACUGACAAGUGGACCGAGCCAUGUUGGUAGGUGUAGACAUCGUGGUUGAGAUCCGCGAGACGAUAGCAACCGAUGGUUAGAGACCUUGAAUGACAUGGCUCAAAAUCGUUUGCAAUGGCACAGGUGCAUCCACUCUUUGCGUUCACACCCAAAUUCUAAUCUUCUGAAUUCUUCAUGUCCCUUUUUUAUUUUUCCAAGUUUAUUUCACGGGAUUAUACUCCUUGAAUAACAUCUUCAAACUCUAAUCUCUCUGACUAAUGCUUGUACUCAUAUUACCUCUACCAUUACGGGAUCUGAAUCGACAAUUGUAUCCGUGUGUUAAUGUGGUAUGGCAACUCGAACUGAUGUACGUACGUACGAAGUUCUACGUUGUCACUGACUAACUGACUUUAUUUUAGUAAAUAGUCUUUAACUGACAAUAUCUUAAGGAACAUGUUUUUAUACACAAUACGGCAUUCACCUAUUGAAUAAUGUAUGGAAGAGUUAAUGUAAUUUGUUGCUAGUAUUUGUGUUUUUAAAUUAGUUGAUUUGAAGUGAAUUGUGUAAAUAAUGCUGCUUUUAUCAUAAAUUGAUAAUAAUUUGAAAAGUGUUGCACUUGCAGAGCAGUGAUAUUUAUUUUAUCCUCAUUUUGAGACGCAUUAGUUACUACCCUCCCUUGUUCUUAUGAGAUCCAGCACACGGUCUUCAGGUUUGUUAGUUAUUUCAAGGUUUCACUAAGAUAAACAUUAAACCAAAGGGCGCGCCAAUUAUAGUGGAUAUAUCAAACCAAAAUGUUGUCUAUCACACGUGCAAGCUUUUAGAAACGGAAAUAUCAGCAAAUACUUAAGGUAAAGAUUAGUUCUUAUAGUUAAUCUGUUUAUACUCUAAUCCCAAAUCCGGAUUUAGGAUCCGACCUUAUCCUUUCUUCGUUGAAUUGAGGUCAUAUUGCAUUAUAAAUCAUUCGUCCUUAUCUGUUUCUUCCUGACCAGCUGACAAAAGUGAGAAUUUCUCAGUCACUUCAAGUGCCUCUCUUUAAUGCUUACGCCCUAUAGUAAUGUAUUUAAAACUAAAUCUGAAUAACUACCGCUUCAUCUCUAAUUUCAUCAGUGGUCUUCUAGUUGAUGUCAAUUAUAAUAAGAAAUAUUUUCUAAUUAACUGAAUUCUCAUACAUAAUUGGAUUAUAUCUGUGUACAAAUGACUUGUUUAUAAUCCUUCAUCGUUUUUUUAUCGAAAUUAAACUUUAGAGAGAUAAUGAAGUACUGAACUGUUGUGCUUGGUAGAUAAAGAAUCAAAAGCAUUUAAAUCUUUAUGAUUUGAAGUACUAUGGGUUGAUAAAUGAUGUAUUAUGUAAAUAUAUCACAUAAUUCUGAUGACUUUCGUCUUCUCAUUGGAUUAUUUAGUUAAAAUGUGUGGUUAUAGUCUUCCUCCACUUUAAGUUUUGGAUUUCAGUCAUAUUGGUUAGCAUUUAUGUACAUAACAAAAACUACCAGGGUUGCAUACACAUUCAUUUUUACGGUUGAUCCACGUACAAAUUUAGCUGAUUAUGACUGGUCACUGAUGAUCCUCUGAAGUCUAAAAUCAGUAACUAUUUUUAGAUUAGGGGUUAAUCCUGAUUAACAUUCCCAGUCACAGUCUUUAUAAUGUGGCUGGCUUAAAUGAGCACUUUGUAGCUAAACUGUAAUUUUAUACUCAAAAACACCAGAGUAUAGUGAAUAUACAUACUACCAUUAGUCGAAUGAUGAUAAGAUUAAUUUAAGGAUUCUGCAUUCGAAGCAACACUUCCCGGUAAUAAGUGUUAUUCAGUAAUCGCUUUUUGUAGAUAUUCAUGUAAAUUUUCUUUUUUUUAGCUCGAGUCGAUGAUACUCCACCAUCGAGAUUCAGCCGCGUACUUACAUUAUUUUCUUGGUUAUUCGUAUUUGGAUUUAUUAGUGGUGGUGGAUAUAUGGGCUAUAAAUAUUAUAAGAAGCGUCAAAGGCAAAUGAAGCGAUUCUAUUAGUGAACAAAUUUAAACUGGUUAUCACUAAUUCUUUAAACAAAGCAAACUAUUUCCAUUAAAUGGCCAAUGUAUAUUUGCGGGUAUUAGAAACUGGAGUCGUGACUACAUCCUUCGUUUUUCUGAAUGUUCAUCCACACAUUUUUUAGAGAUGAUUUUUGUACUUGUUUAUACUACUCCUGGUCAAUUGAAGUGUUAAAUGAGUUAAAUAUUUUUCCUAACCUUAUCAGUAUGACGUUAGUAUUUUUGUGCAUCAAUUCGAUACUGACAGUAGUAGAUCAUAAUUUGUUAAAUGAUACAACGAAUCGCAAUAUUAAUUUUUGUUCUGUCCUUCUGUCUCCUUAUUUUUUAUGCCAAGCAAACUACGCAGAAAUGUUUUCUAUUCUAAAACUUUUAGUUAUUCAUAUUUUCCUUUGUCAAUAAUCGUCAAACAAGUAAGAUUUCUAAUUUUUCUUCUGUGAUGGUAAAAAGCCUUACAUGAUUGUGAAAAAUAAAUAUUAUUAUUGCUUUGAUGAAUGUGGAUGUAUAAAAGUGUUAAAUUUGUAUCAGUUUACUUUCAGUGUCAAGUAUUGUUCGAUGUGUCUUUUUUUCUUUCUAGUCACAAGUGAUUUUUGUUUCCUAGCAUUGUUGGUUACUACAUUUGUGGUGUUUCCCCCGAAAAUCCCUCAGUGCAGACUACUUUUUUUGCUUCCAAACAUAUGAAGAAAAUGAUAGUGUCUGUGCGAUACCAAAUAUAUCGGUAAAAAAUUUAAAGGUUUAUUGAUGCCUGCUGAGUAAUUACUGUUCUGAUGUAUAUUUAGAAUUAGUUGGUUUAUUCAGAAGUCAUCAUGAUACUGAUUGUUCCCAGCGUUUAAUGCAUUCUUUUUUAUGAAGCAUGAUCUUUCGAAUACCAGGCUUGUGGAAGCACUAUAUAUUUGUGCAUUAACUCAGUAUUUCAGGACUGCUAAAAUGUGCAUGAAUAGUUUGAAGAAAUAAUGAAAAUGCUCAUAAACAUUAGGUCAUUAAUAUUAUACAAACAUUUGACGUUUGGAAAUCGUUGCAGUGGAAUCGGAACCAGUGACCAGCCGUACAACACACGAAUUAUUUGUUGUCGCCCUAAAACAUGCUCAUUAGUCCUACGGAGUCAAGAAAGAUCAGAUAUACAGAGUUCAAAAGUUUCCCUGUAGCAUCUAAAUCCACUUCAGUAUUUGAUGCCGUUGGCAACAGCUGAGCGGAUUUGUAUAUCAACAUAAAUAAAAACUAAGGUGAACGACGUUCUAAUCUAACUCCCUUAGUUUUUGCCUAGAUUGGAGAUGACACUAAAAUCAGCAAACCAACUUAAUCAGUGCUAAAAUGAUUAAUUGCUGAAAUGUCCGGUAUUUGAUGGAGUAAUGAUUACACAAAUCAGUUGUAAUUUGUCACCUAAUUGUUUAAAUUUAGAACUACAUGCAAAUCAAUAUAGUUUCGUUAAUAAUGUUUUGUUAAGUGGUUAACAGUACAAUUGGGAUGGUUACUAACCUAGAACUCUGAGAUGUGGUUGAAUAUACUAGAUAUGAAUUCCCAAUUAUUUUUGCGAGGUGUUUUUGAAUUUAGUAUUAGUUACCGUAUUUUUGAAGAAAUAGUAUCUCACUAAACUUCCAACUAUCUGUGUUGCUGCAAUGUCAGUGCUGCUGACAAAUUUAAUUGCAUUGAAAAAAAGUUACAUUCAUUGUUCAUGUAGAAUUUUACAACAAUAUCGUGAUGGGUUGGAGUGGUGUGUCAGGAGUAAUGUUGCCAUUGCUUGUUAAUUUACAGUCCUAUAGUUUAUAAUUUUCAGUCGGACUGUCGCACUCGAAAUGUCGUUCUAUGAUUGAUUAGGUCUUAGCUGAUGUUCCACAAAUUAAACAUCUGGUACAACUGGGAUCUUGUUGAUAAAUAUUUGAUAUGAGGCAUUAGACAGUGAGACGAACUCAUAGCUCCAUGCUGAAAAAAAUGAAAUAUGAGUAACAUUUGAAAAGGUUUUCAAUGACCAACACUUUUAUUUAUGAGAUUAAAAAAGUUAUGUCAAACCAGUGACUCGUUCAUUUAUUUCUAAUAAGUUGGCCACUACCUAAGAUUCUUAAAUUGUUUUUUAGAACAGGGAAUUGGAAUGAAAGAAAUCGACUUUCCAAGAGGAAGUAUGUAUUAAAAUAUGAUAAAAUAUGUCUUGACUUCGUGUGGCUUGCUCUGCAUUAUUAUUUCUAAUCUAAUGUAGUCAGUGCGCAGUUUAACAUCUAUCCUUUUGUUUUAAUGUUUAAGUUUUCGGCGUGUCAUAUUAUUUCAGUGUAAGAUUUAUUCAGUAUGGUAUUCUUUUUGUUUAUUUCUCACGGACGUCGUUAACUUUUUAUAUUUCUCUUAUAUGUGAUAUUUGUCCGCUAAUCGUUGUAUGUGAAAUCAUUUUGAAUAUGUGUAUUUUUGACUGAAAUCCGUGGCGUAUUUUUAGAAGCUCAAAUCAGUUUUUGGUAUCCAGUUUGCGUAGGGCAGGUAAAUGGUUUUUUGUUCGAAGCAAUCA